AUGUCUGAGAGGGAUCAAGUUCUUCAAUGGCUCGAGGACAAAAUCGCACCUCCAAUGGCUCCUAGGGCUCCUAGGGCUCCUAGGGCCCCUAAUGCCGAUGAGGCGAUUUCGCAGCCAUUUUUCAGCGGUGUGAAUACCUCCGACCCCGCGGCAUCUGCCCUUGAGAUCUUCCGCGAUCCUAAGAACCACGUCGACGCUACUGCAUCCAUCCUGACCUUUGCAGGAAACAAGGCCAACUUCCAUCCAGCGACGCAAGACAUCUCCCAAGCUGCCCAAAGCUACGAUAAUUACAUCGACAAGAUCAGUACCUUCCCCGGAUUCACUCUUACCUUCAACGAACGAUCCCAAUCUUUCCAGUCCAGUGUCAACAUCGAUUUAAUGAUUGGGGAUAUCAAGAGCGCGUACGAGGGCGUUGUCGAGGUGGAUGUCACCAAGGUCGUUGAUUCUGUUAAACGCAUGGCGAACAGCGUUCUUUCUCAGUCUCAUGCCGAUGAAUCGAGAUCGCUGUUCAACCAGAUGGCUAUCAAGAGAACUUCUGCCUCGACCGCUGUGGAUGUCAGUAUUUUCUACACCACUUUCCACAUGAAGAAGGACAAGAGCGGCAAGAAGACCUACACCGAGCAGAGCUAUUCUAUCAACAGAACCGUGUUCAAGGUCAACGCAGCCGUCUUGGUGGCCAAUGCAGAGACCUUCGCGGAGAGUAUCCUCAAGACCCCCAUCAAGGACUGGCUGGAUGACAGCAGCACUCCUACCGAUAAUAAGAUGAAGUCCUGCUUUGAGAAACACCUGAACUAG